GUAAAACUGUUGAGUGUGAAGCCAGGAAGAUAGGUGGAAGCUAACAGGAAAUUGGCAGGAAGCUACCUAGAAGCUUGCGGCUUAAUCAUUGUCUCCCUAACUAAUCUCUAUUUAAGAGAUGCUAAUGUGCUUGUAAUUGCGUGCAACAAAAAAAUAAUAAAAUCCUCCUAUUGCCCCGUGUGGACGUAGGUUGCAGUUGGCGGCCGAACCACGUUAAAUCCUGUGUCGUUUAUUUUUCUGCAGUUGAUUCGUGAUUGUGUGUUGUUUCCGCGUGCGUUUAUUCCCAACAAGUGGUAUCGGAGCGUUGGUUCGUUAAGACACCGAAAAUCCGAUCAGCAGAAACUAAUCAGAGGAGGGUCACCUGGGUUCUUUGGAGAAGAACUAUGUGCAGCAGCAGGAGCCGGAGUGAGGGCCGCUGCCGCCGGAGCACCACCAUCCCCGACGAUCCCCACGAAGCACUGCCGCAGCAGGAAGUGAGUCCCUUGAGACUCACGGCUGCCGCCUUCAAUCGGGCAGAUCCAGACCGCCGCCAUCCGAAUCGUGUCGCCGUCGCUGGUUCCAGGGGGACCGCAGCAAGCGAAGGAGCCGCUGCCGCCGUCACCCGCGCAGGAGCAGCCGUUGAGUCACCGUUGCCGCCGUCGAUCUCCCUCCGCCGCUGGUUCAAAAGAAGGUGAGAGGCUUGAGCAGGUUGUUCGCUGUCAUCCGCGAACCGCCGUAGCCUCCCCUCGUCAAGCCGCCGUCGUCCAGUACAGAUCGCCGCCAGCGUUUGCCUUCCGACCGCCGCACGCAGGAGCAGUGGCAGAAGGAGCCGCCGCCGCGUGGAGGAGCCGUCGCCGUCGCAGGGGAAUAGCCGCCGCGGUGAAGAGGAGCGAAGCCGACGCGUCUGACCAGCGUCCAAGCGCCGCCGUGUGUUGUUGUCUCCAUCGCCCAAUUGCCAAUAAAAUUGCACAGUAGCCAAAAGAAAGUGGAAUGCUUUUGCUUGGCAGGUAGUGGUGAUUGAUUGAAUUUGGUGGGUGAGUGGGGCAUGAAAGAUUUGGGUGGAUUUUGAAGUGUUGGGCCGAAAAAAAAGGAGAGGUGGGGGCCAUUGUGGAAUUUUUGGUGAUAGUGGUGUGAUUUUUUGUGGGUGGUGUUAAUUUUUUGUGUCGUAGAUAUCUUAUCUGAUAAAAUUAUCAAGAUCUGAAAUUAGUUGUAUCGGGUAUCUCAUCUUGUCGUUGGAGAUGGCAGAAGAUGGGAAGUUCCGAAUUUAGAAGUUCGAUGGUACAAAUUUCAGUUGGUGGAGAAUGCAAAUUGAAGAUUUGCUGGUUCAGAAAGAUUUGGACAUGGUAUUGGGUGACAAGCCAGAAAAGAUGUCAGAUGCAAAUUGGGCAGGUUUGGAUUGGAAAGCAAUGUCCGUGAUCCGACUCUCGUUGACCAAGAAUGUUGCAUUCAACAUUCUGAAGGAGACGAUAGCGAAAGGCAUCAUGGAAGCGCUGUUUAAUAUGUACGAGAAGCCAUCUGCGGCAAACAAAGUGUUUCUGAUUAGAGAAUUGGUGAACACAAGGAUGAAAAAUGGCACUUCAGUUACCGAGCAUAUCAACAAGUUGAAUUCGAUCUUAGCCAGACUUUUGUCAGUGGGCAUUAAGUUCAAUGAUGAAGUUCGAGCUUUACUACUGUUAUCGUCAUUGCCUGACACUUGGUCCGGAACUGUUACAGCAGUUACCAGUUCAGCGGGACCUGACAGAUUCACUUUUGAGAAGAUUCGUGACCUCGUUCUUGGCGAAGAUGUCAGAAGAAGGAGUUCUGGUGAGUCUUCGGAAGAAUCACUAAAUAUCGUCAGAGGUAGAGGAAAUAACAGAGGUAGUGGGUGCAAGAACAGACGAAGGAGUCGAUCGAAGACUCGGGAUAGCUCAGGCGUAACAUGCUGGAAGUGCAAGGAGGUGGGGCAUUUCAGGAAUCAGUGCCCGAAAGAGGAUAAGCAAGUGAACAUUGCAAGAGGCUCCGCGAGCGACGAGGAUUUGUUUAUCUGUUGUGCGGAGAGCAGUGUAGAUUCCUGGCUCACGGAUUCUGGUGCUUCAUUUCAUGCUACCCACAGCGGUGAAGCAUUGCAGAAUCUAGUUGUAGGGGACUUUGGAAAGGUACGACUAGCAGACGACGGAGCUCUUGAUGUGACGGGCAUGGGUGACAUAGUGCUGAAGACCCCUGUCGGUUUCUGGACUUUGAAGGAUGUCAGAGUGGUUCCAGCCUUGAAGAAAAGUUUGAUUUCUGUUAGGCAGUUGGACGAACAGGGACACGAGGUGAAGUUCGGAAAUGGGCAGUGGAAGGUCGUGAAGGGAAAUCUUGUCAUGGCCCGUGGAAGGAAGAGAGGUUCGUUGUAUAUGGUCGAGUUACCAUCUGAGGGAGUGACCGUCCCAAUUCAGAAGAAAAACGAAGUCCGGUUCACAGAGUCUCGUGGGCAGAAGAAGGUUUUCUAUGCAAGAAAGAAACCCAGAGCCACAGGUCAGACUCAGGAUGAACGAGCGAGGAAAGGUUCAAUGAGGCCAUGGGAGCCGGUAGGGACCGAGGAUGAGUCAGGGGCAGUUCAAGCCAUGACUGAUGGGUUGAAACUCAGGAGAGUUUCAACAGAGUCUUCUCGAUGAUCAAGAAGGCUGGUGGCAACUAGAGGUGGUGGAAUUUUGAGUUCCGUUAUCAGAUUACAGAAGUACAUGUGCACAGUUGAAGCGCAGGUGAACAUUGUUCCGUGGCUUCAAGUGGGAGAUUGUUGAGUGUGAAGCCAGGAAGAUAGGUGGAAGCUAACAGGAAAUUGGCAGGAAGCUACCUAGAAGCUUACGGCUUAAUCAUUGUCUCCCUAACUAAUCUCUAUUUAAGAGAUGCUAAUGUGCUUGUAAUUGCGUGCAACAAAAAAAUAAUAAAAUCCUCCUAGUUGCCCCGUGUGACGUAGGUUGCAGUUG